AUGUCUCAACCACCAAAGGGCAUUAUUCACAAUCAUGAUGAAGAUGAUGAACAAGAACAAUUCUUUUUUCUUGGUAUUGAUGUCGGAACACAAUCAAUGAAAGCGAGUGUGAUUAGUGUGGUCUCAUCACUCGAUUCUCCUUUUCAAAUUCUACACUCGGAUCAUGUUCAUUAUGAUUCAGAGUGUCCUCACUAUCAUACAAAGGGUGGUGUUUUGAUUCAUGAGGGAGAGAAGCAGGAUCUUGGAGAGGUUUCUUCUCCGAUUUUAAUGUUCGUUGAGGCUUUGGAAAGAUUGUUGGAGAAGAUUCCUGUGGAAAUUAGGAGGAGAAUUAGGUGUAUUGGAGGCUCUGCUCAGCAGCAUGGAUCGGUCUAUGUUGCUGCAAAUUAUUUGAAUUCUGAGAAUGGUGUGGAGGAAUUGUGGAAGAGGAGAAAAGAGGGUGGUGUUGGUGUGUGGAAUUUGAAGGAAAGUGAUUUUGCAAUGAAGAAUUGUCCUAUUUGGAUGGAUAGUUCAACAACUGAGAUUUGUCAACAACUGGAAAAUGGAGUAGGAGGUGCAGAAGAAUUAAUGAAAAUUAGUGGAAGCACUGCUCAUGAAAGAUUCACAGCUAGUCAAAUUGUAAAAUUCGCCCAAAAGGUUGGAAAGAAAUUGGAAGACAAUUGUGAAAGAAUUUGUUUAAUUUCCUCAUUCUUUGCAAGUUAUUUCGUUGGAGAGUAUCAAUCGAUUGAUUUUUCAGAUGGAUCAGGAAUGAAUUUAUUGGACAUUCACAGUUUGGAAUGGUCGAAAGAUAUUUUGCGAACCAUGUCAAAAUUAACCAAUCAAAGUGUUGAGGGUUUUGAAAAGGUUUUAGAUAAGAAAUUGACUCCUUCCAAUGCUAUUGUUGGAAAAGUUCAUCAAAAGCUGUGUGAAAAAUUCCAAUUCUCAAAGGAUUGUCAAGUUUGCUCCUUCUCUGGUGAUAAUCAAAAUUCUUCAUCCUUCCUUCUGAGAAGUAAUCAUGAUAUUUGCAUUUCCUUAGGUACCAGUCACACAAUAUUUGGACUCGUUAAUGAAAAUUCACUUCAUGUGAGCAAUAAUUUGGAGGGACACAUUUUCAUCAAUCCUAGCUAUCAUUUAUCAUCGAAUGAGGAAAAAUACCUCUACUUACUCUGCUUUAAAAACGGAGGAAUGGUCAGAGAUUUAUUCUGCUCCAUGUAUUGCAAUGGAGAUUGGAAGGAAUUUGAGAAUAUCAUCGGCUCUCCAUAUCCA